AUGUUUGUCCUUCCACCCCCUCCUCCUCGCUAUACCAUCCCUGUCGCUUAUGCGGCGGGGGCGGCGAACGGUAUGGCAGUCCCUGUGGUUGAAACGAACAACACUAUCACCCACCCGGAAAAGGGUUGUCCAUUACAAGUUGGUGAGGGAACGUACACCCUUCAAGAUGAUCUCCUCCUCGCGACCCCGCCUCCGCACCCCUCCGAAGCCCCGAUUGUGAACCCCAAUCCUCUCGCGACAGUGCCUCUGCCGCCUACAUGCGGCGUGAAGCUGUCUCUAGUCAGCCUAGACCCUCGGAAGAAGCCCCCGACCUUUUUGAAUUCGGCCAUCACGGCCCCUCAGUUCGGUGACGGGAACUCGGCACUUGCAGCACCACCCGUACCGGCAAAGGACGCACUCAAGAGGAGAAAGCCCAAGAACAAUAUUAUCAAGAGCAGCUCGUCUUUCGUCUCGCGAGUUAUUACCCAUGAGACCUCAGCCAAGCGAUUGAGUGACCGUGACCCGAAUGGUGUUUUUGCCUUUGCGAAUAUCAAUCGAGCAUUCCAAUGGCUGGACCUCAGCUCGCCCACAAAGGAGGAGCAUCUCACAAAGGUCCUUUUCACCAAAGCCCAUAUGCUCUGCCACGAUAUCAACGAAUUGACCAAGACAUCGUCCCACUUGGAUAUUGUGAUGGGAUCUUCAGCCGGUGACAUCAUCUGGUAUGAGCCCAUGUCACAAAAGUACGCCAGAAUUAAUAAGAAUGGUGUGAUCAACAAUUCUCCCGUCACUCAUAUCAAAUGGCUUCCCGGAUCCGAGAAUUUGUUCAUCGCAUCUCACGCCAAUGGUGUGUUGGUCGUUUACGAUAAGGAGAAGGAAGAUGCUUUGUUCACCCCUGAGCCGAGCAACCCUUCUGAUAAGGAAAACGGAAGGUUGCCGUUGGAAAUUCUGAAGUCUGUCAAUUCCAAGAAUCAGAAGACGAAUCCGCUGUCAUACUGGAAGUUGGCAAACCAGAAGAUCUCGAGCUUUUCGUUCUCGCCUGGCCAGAGGCAUUUGGCCGUGGUUCUUGAGGAUGGGUCUCUCCGUCUUAUGGAUUACUUGAAGGAAGAGGUGCUGGAUAUCUUCCGCAGCUACUAUGGCGGCCUGAUCUGUGUCUGCUGGUCACCCGAUGGCAAAUACAUCGUUACCGGCGGUCAAGAUGACCUGUUGACGAUCUGGUCUUUCCCCGAACGCAAGAUUGUCGCAAGAUGCCAAGGUCACAACUCAUGGGUUUCGUCGGUAGCAUUCGACCCAUGGCGCUGCGACCAGAAGACAUACCGAAUCGGCAGUGUCGGAGAUGACUGUCGUCUGCUUCUGUGGGACUUCAGCGUUGGCAUGCUGCAUCGUCCCAGAGCUCACCACCAAGCCUCGACUCGAAAGCGCACCAGCAUUGUUGCGCCCGGCUCACAGACUUCUAACAGACACCGCGCGGACAGCGCUGGUAAUCGUAUGCGCUCCGACUCUAAUGGAACUGAACAUCUCAAUGGAGAGAUCGACCAGACGGCUAGCCAUCCUGUUGAACCACGGUCACGAACAGCUCUCCUGCCUCCGAUCAUGUCGAAAAUCGUUGGCGAAGACCCUAUCUGUUGGCUCGGCUUCCAAAAAGAUUGUAUCAUGACAUCCUCUCUUGAAGGCCACAUCCGCACCUGGCACCGACCAAGCGACAGCGUCGUCAAAUCAUGA